CUUCUGUUUCGGAUCUUUGCAGCAUCGUGCAUCGUUGCUUUCCACCAAAGUGACGCACAGGUUUCCCCCGGAGGACUGAUAUUUUUUACAGCGAGCCGUUGCAGGUGGUGAAGGAUCAGUGUCCAGCAUGCAGCCUCACACUGAUUUUAUUUCUGUGCUGAGCUCUACAAGCUGCCGGCCUGCUGCCAACAGCUGCCGUCCAGAGGGGAGAAAACAGGCCCAGUUUAACCCUCGUCUGACCGCCGGUGUGCGUGCCACACGGGGAAAAGCGCUGAAGGUCUCAUUCGUCCGUCUGCACAGCCAUGCACAGCUGAAACGCAGGGAUGAUGGCAGGUUUACAGAGUUGUCUGCAGCAUCCUCGCUUCUGCUUUAUAAUCUGUGUUUCUGCUGCUUUUCUCUUCAUGCAUUUCAGCCAAGAAUUAAGAAGCAGGUUGCAAGAAGAGAGGCACAGGAGAAACUUCAACAAUUUCACAGAAAUCCCAGCGGAGAACAUCAUCGACCCCACGGCCAUCGACCUCACUCCGCUGGUCAAUACUUUAAUAAAUUCCAGCCAAUCUGGCUCCCGGCAGCUCUUCUCUCUGCUCAGUGUGACCUCCUACAGCUCCCUGGAUCUCCAUAAACUCACCUUGUUGGUCUACAACAUUUCCAGCAUUAAAGGUUUAGAAAGCAGCCUGUUCAGGAGGCGGUUCUGCUACUGUGUCACUAACGAGACAAACGACCUAACCGACUUUACAGCCAUUCUUUUGGAUGUGAUGGGAAACUCAUCAAGUUACCUACAUGAGCUGUUUAAAUCCUCCUCCAUUCUGUCAGUCAGUCAAAGGAACAACUCCAACUGCAUUUACAUCUGUGUGAUGGCCGGGAAGAUGGGCAGAGAGGUGUCCGGGUUGUGGGAUGUCGGCUCCGUCACUCCACUGUUCAACCAGACCAUUGUGGAAGGACCGCACAAAGUGACUAACAUCUCCUUUGUUCGACUUCCCAUUGAAUGGAACCAACUGCCCACAAACCUGAGUCAUGCCUCUCCAUCUGGGACAAGCUCCAUGUUGACCAGCCAAGUCUCCUCUACUGCCAUUGCUUCAUCACAUCUAAGCAGAACAUCUUCAACAACUUUAAAGGUCACGGCAUCUGAGACGGUCGCCACACCUCAGUAUCCAACAUACUCCGUGCUCCCAGGUAUCACUGGAGAAAGUCCAUCUACUGUCCGAAGACCGGAGACGGCAAAUUCCUGGACCAGCCACAGAUCCACAACUCCAGAGGGCAGAACGACACAAGCUGCCACAACGCCAGCAGCUGGAACUGGAUCUCAGACGUCAGCCAGAACAACGAGACGACCAACCACCGCCGUUAGGGUGCAGACUGCUACGACCGCCGGCCCUCGGCUCACCCUCCCACCUCCUACAGCCACAACAGCGCUCUCAGCACUGAUGAAUCUGGUCGAAACGAGAACAUCUUCAAGAGAAACGCCUCUACACACAACCUCUAUGAGGCCUUCAUCUACCCGACCAGCAGAAGAACUUAUAGAGACGACUCCAAGCAGAGCGACGGCAUCCAGCGGGUACAGAGAAACCGAGAAACCUGGCUGUCCCUGGAAGAGGCUGGAGCCUGGCGGCAAAGCGAUGACCGUCGGCGAACUCAAGCUGCAGCCCUGCGUCCUGGAGCUCUGCAAGUUCUUCUCCCAGUGCCUCUGCAGACCGUUCAGCCAGAUGACGCGCGCCAAAAGAUACUGUGAAGACAGCUUCCUCUGGUACGAAGAGCACACGUUCGAGGUGUGCCGAAGAGUCAAGAGGGUCUCCUUCUCCAGAAAUCUGAAACAGAGAUGCCUGUCCAAGAUGUGCAGCAAACUGUGACCCGACAGGAAGCGCAGGCAAACAAAGAGCCGUUCAUCAUGGCCGGCCGGAUGUGAUGGGAAUACCAAACAGCUUCUGGAACAGCUGGCACACUGUUGUGGUUGCUUCCCCCCCCC